GCCCUUCUCCAAAGGAGGUGUUAGGCUAAUUGUGAGGGUUAGGGAGGUGGAUGGGUCGGAGGGGAGCAGCUCCUCUAGAACCUAGGACUGAAACAAAUCUGGAAGUGAGGGCCCCACUUGUUAAGUGGGGAGGUGAUGUCAGUGGGUCCCUCCCCCUUUUCUAGAGGACCCGGAAGGGGUCUGGGCUGGGGACCUGCCUUCGCUGAUGCCUGUCUGUCUGUCCUCCCCUGUCUUCCCUGUCCACGCCUUCUCCUGUUUCAUUGCCCUCUUUAUGUCUGUCUCUGGACACUCUCUGGGUACCAUCCUAUCCAUCUGUGUUUGCUGCCUGGGCCUCCAUCUCUGGCUCUGAUCUUUCUCUGCCUCUUGGGGUGUCUCUCUCUGCACUUGCCUGUACUGGCAUUCUGGUCCCCUUUCCUAUCCUCAUGGCUCACUCUGUGUCACUUCCAUUUCUACCUCUGGCCCCUGACUUCCAUCUUGGUCUCACCUUUUCUUUCCAUAUCCUUGUUCUCUUUGCUUGUUAUUUCUGGUGCUGGCCUCUGCCCCUCCAUCCCUGCAUCCAUCUCUGUGCUGGGUCCUGCCUGCUCUCGCUUCCCACUCAUCUCGGCCCCUCUCCCUGCCCACCUGAGCAGCAGCGUCCCAUCCAGCCCUCUUUCACCAAGUCCCUCUGCCGUGAGUCCCACUGGAAGUGCCUCCUGCUCUCGCUGCUCAUGUACGGCUGCCUGGGGGCAGUGGCCUGGUGCCACGUCACCACAGUGACGCGCCUCACCUUCAGCAGCGCCUACCAGGGCAACAGCCUCAUGUACCAUGACAGCCCCUGCUCCAACGGCUAUGUCUACAUCCCCCUGGCCUUCCUGCUCAUGUUGUAUGCCGUCUACCUGGUGGAGUGUUGGCACUGCCAAGCCCGCCAUGAGCUGCAGCACCGUGUUGAUGUGAGCAGUGUGCGGGAGCGUGUGGGCCGCAUGCAGCAAGCCACACCCUGCAUCUGGUGGAAGGCCAUCAGCUACCACUAUGUCCGCCGCACCCGCCAGGUCACCAGGUACCGCAACGGAGACGCCUAUACCACCACCCAGGUCUACCACGAACGCGUCAACACGCACGUGGCGGAGGCCGAGUUCGACUACGCGCGCUGUGGCGUCCGCGACGUGUCCAAGACGCUGGUGGGGUUGGAGGGCGCGCCGGCCACGAGGCUGCGCUUCACCAAGUGCUUCAGUUUCGCCAGCGUGGAGGCCGAGAACGCGUACCUGUGCCAGCGCGCGCGCUUCUUCGCAGAGAACGAGGGCCUGGACGACUACAUGGAGGCACGCGAGGGCAUGGUCUUCAAAGGGGCAUCCUGCCACCACCCCAGGGUGCUGGCCCCACAUCCUGUUCCCCUAAAGCUCUGA